AUGGAGCUCUACCCUAUCUACUUCGCCUCUCUGGUCCUCUUCAAUGCCGCUCUGGCGUACCAUCGAAGGGAGCGAUCGAAAAGUGACGGGUCCAAAGAAGAGACUCUGGCGCUGCCGCAGGGAGAAGGGAGGGACGAUGCUCGCAAGUUCAAGGUGACUUACUUCACAGUCUACUUGUUGGCCAUGGGGGCGGACUGGGUCCAGGGCCCAUUCAUGUACACGGUCUACAAGGACGAGAAGAACCUCAGCGAAGCGGUCGUCGCAGCGCUCUUCACCACCGGAUUCGUUUGCGCUGGCAUCACAGCUUCUUUCGUUGGCGCGCUCGCGGAUAAGCAUGGCAGACGGGCAGCUUGUCUGACCUUCUGCGUUGCGUAUGCGGUGUCCUGCUUGUCGGUGCUUAGCAACGAUAUGGUCGUCCUGUUCACGGGUCGCGCGCUCGGUGGGCUGGCUACGACGCUGCUCUACUCCGUCUUUGAGACUUGGAUGAUUGCGGAAUACCAUGCUAGUGGGCUGAGUGAUUCCUUGCGUUUGGAGGAUAUGUUUGGGAUGAGCAUCACGUUGAGUGGUGUGGUUGCCAUUGUUGCUGGCGUCGUGGGCGAGGCAGUCGUUGGAUAUACCGGUACCAAGGUCGCCGCCUUUCUGGUCGCCAUCUUGUGCCUCGGGGCCGCGUUUGCUUAUAUCUGGAACUUCUGGAGCGAGAACUACGGCGAGCCCGAAGACGAAAAGAGCGGCUCAGACUUGAGGGCCAGCCUCUUAGACAAGCGUGUCUUGUCAUUGGCACUAGCCACCACCGUCUUCGAAGGAUCAAUGUACCUCUUCGUCUUCUUCUGGGCGCCUGCACUCAAAUCCGCACGAGCCAUGGCGGGCAUCAAAGACCUACCGCCAUUUGGACUCAUCUUCUCCUCGUUCAUGUGCGCCAUGAUGAUGGGCUCGAUGCUUUUCUCCACACUGGAUCCACGAGCCGGAAGAGAUACCGGCAAGCUACUCCUCAGCAUCCUAGCCAUGGGGGCGAACUCAUUGUUCGUACCUGUAUUGUUUAACAACGAGAUGGUUUCGUUCUGGAGUUUCGCGGCAUUCGAAAUGUGUGUUGGAUUGUACUUUCCAACAAUGAGCCGGCUGAAGAGCGAGCUGGUCGAUGAUGCUGUUCGUGGUAAAGUGUACGCCUUGAUGAGACUGCCGUUGAAUGUCUUCAUCGUGCUGGCUUUGGGUGUCACCCGGGAAGGGGAUGCACAUCGGGGCAUGGUGUUCUCGGCAGUUGGUGGACUUUUGCUGUGCUCGGUUUUCGUAGUUCAAAAGUACUUGUGUAAAUAA